GAUUAUUAUGUCGGUCACGGGGAACUUAUAAAAGGCCAAGGAAAACUCUGAUGAUGGGGCUCGCCAUGGAGCUCCUCUCGCUCCUGUCCUUGCUCAUUUUGGCUCUUUCUUUUUUCUCCCGGCCGACGGCGACCUUCGCGAGAGGAGGCGGUCAUAUGGACCGUGCUCAUGGAGUAUUUGCACGGCAUCUGUUUGAAGAGAGCCAGCCUCGGAUAUCGGAAUCCAGGACUCAUGGGUAUAUGAGUAACUCUGAACUUGAGAAUUCCAUGAAGGAAUUUACUCAAAGAUGUGCUAAUAUUUCCAGGAUAUACAGCAUUGGUAAGAGCGUGAAAGGGAUACCACUGUGGGUGCUGGAAAUUUCUGACAAGCCUGGGCAGGAAGAAGCGGAACCUGCAUUUAAGUUCAUUGGAAACGUGCAUGGUGAUGAACCUGUUGGGAGAGAGCUACUUAUAUUUCUUGCAAAUUGGCUGUGCAACAACUAUAGGAAGGAUACACUGGCAACGUUGAUUGUAAACAAUGUUCACCUACAUGUUCUUCCUACUAUGAAUCCUGAUGGAUUUGCUCUUAGGAGACGUGGGAAUGCAAAUAAUGUGGACCUAAAUCGGGAUUUUCCUGAUCAAUUUUAUCCCAUGAAUGACAUUGUAAGCCUGCGACAACCUGAAACGAAAGCAAUUAUGAACUGGAUAAAAGAGCGACACUUCACAGCCUCUGCAAGUUUACAUGGGGGUGCUCUUGUUGCAAAUUAUCCUUGGGAUGGUUCUCAAGAUACAAGCUUCCUGUCAUCUGGGAGUACAACCGAAUGAGCAUGUUAAAUCUUGUUGCUAGUCUUGUGAAGACAGGAGUUCAUGGAAAGAUAUUCUCAUCAGACAAAGGGCAUCCUUUACCAGCCUCUGUAAUGAUCAAGGGAAUUGAUUAUAGGGUGAAUGCUAGCAGGACAUACGGUGACUACCAUCGCAUGCUAGCCCCUGGGGAGAGUUAUGAAGUUGCCGCAUCUAUGCCUGGCUUCCAAUCCAAAACUACACAUAUAUUGCUGGAAGAUGAGGCUAUGAGCUUGGAUUUCAUUCUGAGUCCAGAGGAAGAUUCAAGCAAACAUGAGGAAAUCAGGAAAGAAUGUGAGUGCACCCAUUAUGGCAGGGACAGGCUUGAGGUGGUUGAGUUUCUAAGAGGGAUUAAUUUGGGAAUAUAUCUUCUGCUCUCUGCGAUCCUCCUCAUUUUCUGUUGUCUAUUAAGGAGGAAAACAAUGUUCAAGUCCCUAAACCAUAGAAAUGGGCAUAAACGGCCAAUUGUUGUGUAAGCUUUUGACGGUAACACAUGAAUGGUGUAAUUUUUUUUUUUUUUUUUUUGGGCUAGUACAAGGCUAUUUUAUUACCCUGACCAUUCCAUUAAAUUUCCCUUGGGCACAGGCUUGAUGGGAUUGUUGUGUCAGACCUUGACGAUAACAUUCGGGCGGUGUAAAUUAUCUUUUUUUCUGCUA